GUUCCCUCCGCUCCAGGCCCCCGCCCCUCGCCGCCCCCUCCCAGCCCCCAGGCAGCCCGUCUCCUUCCUCUCCCCGCGGAAUGGGGCCGGCGCUGCUCGGGGUCGCGCGCCCGAGACCCGGCUCGCGCUCGGUCUCGCGCUGUCAGCGACUGUCCAGCUCGCGCCGCCUCGCGCUCUCCCUCAGUCACUGGCGCCGGAGGCUCCGUUAAGCGGCGGCGGUGGUUCCUGUUUCCGUUUCUUCCUCUCCCUUCAGUCGGUAGUAGCAUCCUCCACCCAGCCACCUCUCCCACUCCCCUCGCGGAGGGCAGCUGCGGCUGCGGCGGCGGCGACCGGGGAGCAGCGGAGACCGCCUCUGCUCCCGCCUCGGAUCACAGCUUUUGCUAAGAGAGCUCUCUUGACACAAGACAACAUGCUCUGUUGCCCUUAUUGAUUAAUUGAACAAAUUCAGUUGGAUAUUUCAGUGACCCAGAUUCAAGCAAUAAUAUCUUUCCUUGGAAAUAUCAUGUGGUUUUGUCAGCAUCUUAUGUUCUAGGAGAAGAAAGGAUUUGCAUCAUAAAUAAGUGAUCAGAGAAAAGAAAGAUGAACUCAUUUUAAAAAAUGCAACAAACCAUCACCUUCUUCCCCUCUACCUAUUACCUAUGCUAGGCAUAGAGUCCAUGAAGCACAGGACAAUAAGCUUCCUACUCAUACCAGAAGACCUCUUUGAAAGAUUCACCACAGCACUACCAGAGACACUAAUUUGUCUGAAUCAUCAUGUGUUGAAACAGCAGAAGGCUACUACCUUUGCACUAACAGGAAACAGUUAAGAUGUUGGUGAUUCUUUGAGUUCCAGAAAGCUAGGAGAGUGAGUUGAAAAUCUGAAAAUGCGGCCAUGGACUGGUUCCUGGCGUUGGAUUAUGCUCAUUCUUUUUGCCUGGGGGACCUUGCUGUUUUAUAUAGGUGGCCAUUUGGUACGAGAUAAUGACCACCCUGAUCACUCUAGCCGAGAACUGUCCAAGAUUCUGGCAAAGCUUGAACGGUUAAAACAGCAAAAUGAAGAUUUGAGGCGAAUGGCUGAAUCUCUCCGGAUACCAGAAGGCCCCGUUGAUCAGGGGCCAGCUUCUGGAAGGAUUCGUGCUUUAGAAGAGCAGCUUGUGAAGGCCAAAGAGCAAAUUGAAAAUUAUAAGAAACAAACUAGAAAUGGUCUGGGGAAGGAUCAUGAAAUUCUGAGGAGGAGGAUUGAAAAUGGAGCUAAAGAGCUCUGGUUUUUUCUACAAAGUGAACUGAAGAAAUUAAAGAAUUUAGAAGGAAAUGAACUCCAAAGACAUGUGGAUGAAUUUCUGUCAGAUUUGGGACAUCAUGAAAGGUCCAUAAUGACGGACCUAUACUACCUCAGUCAAACAGAUGGAGCAGGUGAUUGGCGGGAAAAAGAGGCCAAAGAUUUGACAGAACUGGUCCAGCGGAGAAUAACAUAUCUUCAGAAUCCCAAGGACUGCAGCAAAGCCAAGAAGCUAGUGUGUAAUAUCAACAAAGGCUGUGGCUAUGGCUGUCAACUCCAUCAUGUGGUCUACUGCUUCAUGAUUGCAUAUGGCACCCAGCGAACACUGAUCUUGGAGUCUCAGAAUUGGCGUUAUGCUACUGGUGGGUGGGAAACUGUGUUUAGACCUGUAAGUGAGACCUGCACAGACCGAUAUGGCAUCUCCACAGGACACUGGUCAGGUGAAAUAAAGGACAAAAAUGUUCAGGUGGUGGAGCUCCCCAUUGUGGACAGUCUUCAUCCUCGUCCUCCAUAUCUACCCCUGGCUGUACCAGAAGACCUUGCAGAUCGACUUGUUCGAGUUCAUGGUGACCCUGCAGUGUGGUGGGUGUCGCAGUUUGUCAAAUACUUGAUCCGCCCACAACCUUGGCUGGAAAAGGAGAUAGAAGAGGCCACCAAGAAGCUUGGCUUCAAACAUCCAGUUAUUGGAGUCCAUGUCAGACGCACAGACAAGGUGGGAACAGAAGCUGCCUUCCAUCCCAUUGAGGAGUACAUGGUGCACGUUGAAGAACAUUUUCAGCUUCUCGCUCGCAGGAUGCAAGUGGAUAAAAAAAGAGUGUAUUUGGCCACAGAUGACCCUUCUUUAUUAAAGGAGGCAAAAACAAAGUACCCCAGUUAUGAAUUUAUUAGUGAUAACUCUAUCUCUUGGUCAGCUGGACUACACAAUCGAUACACGGAAAAUUCACUUAGGGGUGUGAUUCUGGAUAUACACUUUCUUUCCCAGGCAGACUUCCUAGUGUGUACUUUUUCAUCCCAGGUCUGUCGAGUCGCUUAUGAAAUCAUGCAAACACUGCAUCCUGAUGCCUCUGCAAACUUCCAUUCUUUGGAUGACAUCUACUAUUUUGGGGGCCAAAAUGCCCACAACCAGAUUGCCAUUUAUCCUCACGAGCCUCGAACUGCAGAUGAAAUUCCCAUGGAACCUGGAGAUAUCAUUGGUGUGGCUGGAAAUCAUUGGGAUGGCUAUUCUAAAGGUGUCAACAGGAAACUGGGAAGGACGGGCUUGUAUCCCUCCUACAAAGUCCGAGAGAAGAUAGAGACAGUCAAGUACCCCACAUAUCCUGAAGCCGAGAAAUAAAGCUUAAGAUGGAGGAGAAGGACAACUAAACUCAGUUCAAACUAUUUGAGCCAAACAGUAGAUGAAGAAGGCCCUGUCCUAACAACACAUGGUUGAAUGAGUAGACACCCUCAGCAUCAGGAGCAGCUGAGAACUGACAGAUGUUUUGUUGGUGAAAUUUCUCUUUAACAAGGGCUACAAUGCCCAAAACCCCUGCACAGUCGAAUAAUGUACUCACAUAUAACAUGCAAGCAGGUGGUUUUCGACUUUGCCUCUUCUUUCAAGAUUAUGUCUCCAUGAGAAAAACACUGCCACAUUGUAAUUUAAGGGACACAGACAUUUGUGUGAGACUUCAAACAUGGUGCCUAUCUCUGAGAGACCUGAUGAGAAGACGUGAAUAGCUCCCCGCUGUGGGGAGGUGGAUUCUUAGCCAGUGGUGGUAAUGCAACCACUGAAUUCACUCCAGUCAGCAGAUUCAGAAUGAGAAUGGAUGUUCUUGUCUGGAAUUUUUUUUAAGUAAUUACAUCAGUUCAUCCAUCUCAUCUUUAAUAAGUGAAGGAGAUACAUUGAAAUAAAAUAUUCUCAUUCCAUUAGGAACUUUUGUAAAAUGAUGCCAUGAACAGAUUCUUUAGUACUCAAUGUUUCUGGCCAUUCUCUUUGAUAACAAAAAAUAAAUUUUAAAAAGA